AUGAUCGGCAAACUGCCCCAAAAAAUGGCUGGUUCCUUGGACAGCUUGCUCCUGUAUUCCUGUUCCCUGACAGAAUCCGAUGCUGAGACCAACAUUGACAAUAAGUCCACAGUGAUUUCAGAAGAAAAAGACAUGAUGUCAUGUGCACUGCCACAGGGAACUGAUUUUGCCAGAACACUUCAUGUGAUGAAGCACCAGGAAACCCCUAGAGUGAAAAACUCUUCAGGAAAGAAUCCAAGAAUUCAUUGUGUGAGGAAACCCUUCAGCUGUGAAGAGUGUGGCUGUGAAGAGUGUGAGAAAUGCUCCAGCUAUCUUUCUUACUAUAUUAGACACCAGAGAAUCCACACUGGGGAAAAGUCCUUUGAGUGCAAUGAGUGUGGAAAAGCCUUCAUUGGUAGUUCUUCACUAAGCUGACACAGGAAGCCCCACACUGGGCAGGAGCUCUAUCAUGAGAAGUGUGGGAGAGCCUUCAGUAACAAUGCAAAUAUGAUCUGUCACCAGAGAAUCCAACUAGGGGACGGACCCUAUCACUAUAUGGAGUGUGGAAAAAGAUUCACCAAUAGUUCCAAAUUUGUUACACACCAAAGAAUCCACACUAGGGAGAAACCCUAUGAAUUCAGUGAGGACAGAAAAACUUUUUCGGGGAACUCAUCACUAAUUUGCCAUCAGAACAUCCACACUGGAGAGAAACCCUGUGAGUGUAAUGAGUGUGGCAAAAGCUUAAGAAGGACUUCCCAUCUUAGCCAGCAUGGGAGUAUUCACAUAAGUGAAAAAGCUUAUUUGUGUAAAGUAUGUGGACAAGCCUUCAGUUUUCCUGUAAAGCUAACCUGACACCAGAGAAUUCAUGGUGAGGAGAAGGCUUUUGACUGCAUAGAUGGUGGGAAAGCCUUCACUGCUCAGGAACAAUUACGAACGUAUCUAAGAGUCUUCCUACACACGUGAAAGUGUGGAAAAAUCUUCACUAGCAAAAGAAAUCUACAGGAUUAAAGAGUUUAUACUGGAAAGUAACCCUAUGAGUGUAGCAGUAUGAAAAAUUCUGUAGAUUUUUUUCCCCAGUUAGGUCAUUAUGACUGUGUCCUCUUCCACUCUGAAGUGAAACAUAUGCUAGGCAUUUGUCAUUUUGGCCUCCCAGAAUUUUUUACGCCCUUUUACUGGUAG